AUGAUGACGACCGUCCAGGAAAUUGGCUUUUGUUUCGGCUACAUGACCAAGCGGCUAUUACGAUUUCAAGAAUUACUUGGUGAUAGUGAUGCGGAUCGGGCUGAAAUGGAAAGGAGGACCAAGCUCAGAAUUUUGUGCGAGACAUGGUUGGCUGCCAGGGCAGAUGCCCUUUUCACAUUCAAAGCUGCCUUUGGGACGCUUCAGGCUUCUUCGUGCGAUCUGCUGCAAGCUGCUGUUGAAGCUAAGUUUGUAAAGACUGAAGUGGAGUCAGAACAAAAUGAGCUCGUGGUAUGGCAAGCGCUGUUUGAUAAAGUCAAGGAAAUGGCCAGCUCCAUUGAUGUUGAUCCAACGUUAUUUGCUGAGGACAUUUCCUCUUUUAAAGAUGAAAUAUCUGCUCUACAAAGCGCUAUGGGCAUCGUUCUCGGACGUCUGGACGACAGAGACACCCAGAUUAACUCGCUAAGAGAUGAUGUGGAACGUCUAACAUUGUUUCUCGCCGACCAAGACGCAACAAUAAGUGAACAAAACUCCCGGAUUCAAUCUCUCGAGGAAAUAAUUCGCAGUAAGAGCGACGAAAAUCAUACUACGUCAGAUGCGACUUCUCGAGAGGAGCACGCGCAAUAUUCAGGACCAUCUAGCGGGUCAGCUCCUGCCCGCAAGGCAGCGUAUGACAACGCUUACAACAGGAUGCGCCGAGAGUACGUGGGAAGCCCCGUCGCUUUCCUAGCCACGUUAACGAAUCACAUCACACACGCUGGAGCACUUCAGCCAAUCGUCUUCGACCGAGUCGUUUCGAACGUAGGCGGUGCUUACAACGUACAUCUGGGAUCGUUCGUCGCCCCGGUUUCCGGUAUCUACGUGUUUUCCACCACCUUACUUAGCUACCCAGGUCACACGAGUCACUUCCAAUUUGUAAAGAACAAUGAUUUCGUCAGUCGACUGUUUCUGCACACUUCGUCAGGUCAAUACGAAACAGUGUCGCAGACAGUUGUUCUCCAGCUGAACAAAGGCGACGAUGUAACGAUCAGAAACCAAGACCCAGAUGAAGCUAUUCAUGGCAGCAACUACAGUACUUUCGCAGGCUUUCUUAUCUGGGAAACAGAAAACAUCCCGGCAAUUGUUGGAUAA